AUGUCGGCCAGUGAGACCGGUGAUCUGUGCAGCUGGAAAGACGCCCUGCCCACAAAUAUUACCUUUGUGGAGAAGAAUCUGUCAGUGACCACCUCGGUCGUCUCCAUGAGUGUAGGGAUCCUUUCCAACAGCCUGGCCUUCUUCAUCCUAUUCCAAUCCUCCAAACGCAUGCCACUGAAAUCCAAGACACCCUUUUCGGUGUUUGCCACCAGCUUGGUGGUCACGGACCUACUGGGCCACUUGAUCAACGGCUCCGUGGUGCUUUACGUCUACAGUUUGCGCAAGAAUUGGGAGAUGUUUGACCCCCAUGGCAGAGUGUGCAACCUCUUUGGCGCCACCUUGGUUUUCUUUGGUCUGAGUCCCCUGUUCCUUAGUAGCGCUAUGGCAAUUGAGCGCUGCAUUGGAGUCACCAAACCCUUUUACCACUCCACCGGGUUAGCCUUCCACAACAUGAAUAAGCUGCUGUCUGGCAUCUGGCUGCUGGCCGCCCUGGUGGCCGCACUUCCCGUGGUACUUAAAAAGUCCUACACAGUGCAGAGAUCCAGGAGUUGGUGCUUUUACAAUCUGGACAAGCUUCACGACUACCUGGACGUCUUCCUGCCUUUCCUCUUUGCCCUGCUGGGCUUGCUGUCGCUUCUCUUCUCUAUCGUUUGCAAUACUGUGACCAGCUGCUCCCUACUGUUGUCUACAAUGCACCGUAAGCAUCAGACCAAAGGAAGGUCUUACCACAUUGAGAUGAUCUGCCAGCUCAUGGCCAUCAUGCUGGUUUCCUGUGUUUGCUGGGGGCCUUUACUAACGUGCAUCAUACUUCUCACCUUCAAAGAAGAACAUGAGCCAGCAUCAGACAAAAUUCUGUUUCUGGUGCGCAUAGCCACGUGGAACCAGAUCCUGGACCCCUGGGUCUACAUCCUUUUGAGGAAAGCUGUCCUGAAGAAGCUCUAUCUCAUGUUACAAAAAUGCUGCCAGUCCAAAUCCUGGCAGCACAGCUUUCUGCGUAGCUCUGCGUCCAGCCACUCCAAGUUGGAGCAACCAGCCUGCCUCCUCGAUAGCUUACUCGUGGAAAAUACUCGCAUCGGUCUGUCUGACGAAUCCAAGACACAGGUGUUCCAUGUGGUGUUAUCCGUGUGGAAGAAAGGCUGA